AUGAAUAAACCUUUCAUCAAACAUCCAGUUUAUGCCCAUUUUCCUUGCAUUAGUUCUUUUAUUCAAAUAGUUAUAACAACUUUUGUUUUUGCAGAAAAUACGUUAGAUGGAAGACAUUUGCUGGCAAAACUUCCAGCCCCUCCACCGUUUCCAAUAUUGCCGCAGUUGGAAGAAACAGUUGAACCCACAUUAACGAGAGAUGAUUUCAAUGAAAAUGCUGAAAAAUUUAAUGAAGAUGCUAUAGAAGGAAUCAUACAGGAUUUUGUUGAAAAUGACGUGAAAGCAGAUUUAUUAAUAGUGAAUUCUGCCUCAUCGAGUCCUGAUUUUGAAAUUUCAGCCGUUGAUACACUAUCUCCAUCCACUUCUGCGAAUUGUGAAAUGAAUUCAGAAAAGGUGAAGGAGUUAACUUGCACUAUGCAAGCUGUUUUGGCACGUUUGAAAGAUAUUGAAUCUCGUAAUACGAAAAGUAGUUCAGCGGAUAGUGUUAAAGAAAUUGAACUCACAGAAGAUGAAGAUAAGGCUCUGAAAGAUGAAGAAGAGAUUGCAGUUGUUGAAGAAACGAAAAGAGAUACUAUGUUGCAAAACGAGUUAAUAGAAAACGUCGCCUUGCCAAUAAAUUCACCUAUUCAUUGUUUAAAUGCUGGAACUUCAAACUCCACCAAGAUUGUACGAGCGCAGCCAUAUAUACAAAUGGCGCCAGAUUCCGAGUACGCAGUGGAGAAUGAAGAUAAACCAUUGCCUGAAUUUCACGGUGAACCUGUUCCUGACGAUGAUGAUGAGAUUAUUGUCGAAGGAGUUGCUAAAAAACGCUCAGUUUUAGCAAAAAAAGGUCUUUUGAUGCAAGAAGAAGAGCCAGCACCUGGCGAUGAACAUGUGGAAAUUGAUUUUUAUAAUGCUGAUCUCCACAUAAAAGCAAGCGAAUCAAAUCCUUUUCUAAUUGAUCCUGAUAAUGGUGACGGAUUUGCAUUAAUGUGGGGUGGCGCUCGAUCAACAUAUGGCGUUAUUGUCCCAGCAGAUCUUGAUGGAUUUCCGAGAAUCGCAUAUCAAUGCAAGGUGAUAAUAAUUGGAGCUCCACAAUUAAAAUUAAUUCUUCAUAUUUUAUUCACUAUUUUUCAGUUGGGUGAAGCUGCUAAUUCAUACGCAUUCAGUUCAAUGGCUCGACGAGCUGUGAAUACUAUUUUCUCUGAAUUUGGCGAGACCUUCCGUAUAAAUGAUAUUAUUACAACUGUGCUCGAUCUUCAAGCCUCCGAAAUUUCGUAUUGGAAAAAUGAUCGAUUUCUUGGUGUUGCAUUUAAUGACGUUAAAUUUUCAACUGGUGAUGUAAUAUUUCCACAUUUUUGCACAAAAAAUUGUAAAAUGGCAGUAAAUUUUGGAAAUAAUGCAUUGGAUGAUUGGUUGGAUUUGAACCGGUUGGAAAAUAUAAACGCAUUUUUUUUGGAUACAAUUGAACGAGGCAUGUUACUUCGAGGACCUACUCCUCCACCGAGUAAAAGUGAAUGUACUGUUCUGAUGAUGGUGGGAUUGCCUGGAGUUGGCAAAACGACGUGGGUAAGACAAUACCUGAGAGAGCAUCCACUUGAGCAAUGGACUCUUCUAAGCACUGAUACUAUUCUUGCAGCUAUGAAAGUAAAUGGAAUUGCGAGGAGUCGAGGAAGAUGGGAUAUGGUUAUGGGUCUCAUUGCGAAAGCUUUAAAUCGUUCAUUAACUUUAGCAUGUCGUAGGAAACGAAACUAUAUUGUUGAUCAAACCAAUGUGUCAAAGGAAGCUAGGAAGAGGAAGUUGACACAAUUUAAAGAUUUCCAGCGCAAAUGUGUUAUAAUGAUCCCCACCGAGGAGGAAAUGAUUAAUCGACAAAUGCGGCAGUCUCGUAUCGAUGGUGUUGGACCAGUUCCUGUUGAGGCGAUGCUUGAAUUAAAAGCGAUGUUCUCUAUACCAAAUGUUGAUGUUGAGCCAAUCGAGGAAGUGCAUUUUGUUGAACCACCACUUGAACGAAUCGGUGAAGCGAUUGAGCUGGUGAAUAGGUGCCAUUAUUAUUUAUAUGUUUAUUUACUAUAUGUUAUUUUUUUAGUAAUUAUUAUUUCAUUAUUUUUCAAUUAUAAAAUGUUUGAACAAUCUUGA